UAACCUAGAUUAGAUUGGUGUUUGUCACCGACCGGUUGAUUGUUUUGCUGAUAUUGUUUAAUAUGUUUGCUGGCAAUUUAAAAUCAUUGAUAUAAGUGUAAAUGUGUUAUUUUUGAAGACAGGAAGCAAUAUCAUACAAUAUGACCACAAAUCCAAGGAAAGGGACAGAUCCCGGACCACUGGAAGAGAGCGAUCAGCUUACCAUCAGACCACUAGGUGCUGGACAAGAAGUAGGCAGAUCAUGUAUAAUGUUAGAGUUCAAAGGGAAGAAAAUAAUGCUGGACUGCGGCAUUCACCCAGGAUUGUCCGGAAUGGAUGCUCUGCCAUUUGUGGACUUGAUAGAGGCAGACGAGGUGGACCUGCUCUUGAUAUCUCAUUUUCACCUGGACCAUAGUGGAGCGCUACCCUGGUUUCUGACGAAGACUUCAUUUAAAGGCCGGGUGUUCAUGACACAUGCCACCAAAGCUAUAUACCGGUGGCUGGUCUCUGAUUACAUCAAAGUUAGCAACAUAUCGACGGAACAGAUGCUGUACACGGAGUCGGACCUGGAAGGCUCGAUGGACCGCAUCGAGAGCCUCAACUUCCACGAGGAGAAGGACGUGCGCGGCGUGCGGUUCUGGGCGUACAACGCGGGCCACGUACUCGGCGCCGCCAUGUUCAUGAUCGAGAUCGCCGGCGUCAAGGUGUUAUACACGGGCGACUUUUCGAGACAAGAAGACAGACACUUGAUGGCGGCCGAGAUUCCCACCGUGCAUCCUGAUGUUCUCAUUACUGAGUCGACGUACGGCACGCACAUCCACGAGAAGCGCGAGGAGCGCGAGUCGCGCUUCACGACGCUCGUGAGCGAGAUCGUGUCGCGCGGCGGCCGCUGCCUCAUCCCCGUGUUCGCGCUCGGCCGCGCGCAGGAGCUGCUGCUCAUACUAGACGAAUACUGGUCCCUCCACCCGGAACUGCAAGACAUACCGAUAUAUUACGCGUCGUCGCUCGCCAAGAAAUGUAUGGCGGUGUACCAGACGUACGUGAACGCUAUGAACGACAGAAUCCGCCGACAGAUAGCGGUCAACAAUCCCUUCGUCUUCAGGCACAUCUCCAAUCUCAAGGGCAUCGACCACUUCGAAGACAUCGGCCCGUGCGUGAUAAUGGCGUCGCCCGGCAUGAUGCAGUCGGGGCUCUCCCGGGAGCUGUUCGAGUCGUGGUGCACUGACCCCAAGAACGGGGUCAUCAUUGCUGGUUACUGUGUAGAAGGCACGCUCGCCAAGACGAUCCUGUCGGAGCCCGAAGAAAUAACCUCUAUGUCCGGACAGAAGCUGCCGCUGAAGAUGUCAGUAGACUACAUAUCCUUCUCAGCGCACACCGACUACCAGCAGACCUCAGAGUUCAUCAAUAUCCUGAAACCUCCACACGUGGUGCUGGUGCACGGGGAACAGAACGAGAUGUCGCGGCUGAAGGCGGCGCUGCAGCGCGAGCACCGCGGCCGCCUCGCCAUACACACGCCGCGCAACACGCAGCUGCUGGCGCUCACCUUCCGCGGGGACAAGACUGCCAAGGUGAUGGGCUCAUUGGCCAUGCAGCCUCCAGCGCCGGGAGACAUCCUACAAGGAAUCUUGGUCAAAAGAAACUUUAACUAUCACAUCUUAGCACCGUCGGAUCUCAAUAAAUACACAGAAUUGACCCAGUCAGAGGUGACCCAACGCCAGUCGAUCCACUACGCGGGGUCCUUGCCAUUGCUGCGGCACGUGGUGAUGCAGCUCGCGGGAAGUAUCGACUUCAUAAGCGAGACUCGGUGGCGGCUCUACGGCUGUAUCGAUAUGACUGUCGAGAACAAUACUAUUACUUUGGAGUGGCAGGCGCAGCCGGUGUCGGACAUGUUCGCGGACGCGCUGUGCGGCGCCGCGCUGGGCGCCGCCGCGCUGGCGCCGCCGCGCCAGCUGCCGCUCGCGCCAAAGCUCGACCGCAUGCACUUCAAGGAAUGUGUGAUAGAGAUGCUCCAAGAAAUGUUCGGUGAAGAUUCAGUGCCCAAGAUGUUCAAAGGAGACAAACUAUACGUACAAGUGGAUGGCAAGAGGGCGGAUAUCGAUCUAAUGGCUAUGGAGGUGAAAUGUCCCGAAGACGAGUCGCUAGAGCGCGUGGUCCACUCGGCCGUCAGCAAGCUGUACGCCGCCCUCGCCCCCGCCCGCCCGCCGCCGCCGCCCGUCUCAUGACACACUGACCACAAAACUAACAUGUACCGACAACCUACCAAAUAUACUUUGUCUCGACCGGAAUCUGAAGUGCCUGCGAAAUCAGCUAGAAUAUCAAACAUCGACGAUGAUUAAGCAACAAAAAAAAGAUCUUCGAGAGUAUAUUUAUUGUUUAGUUCAUAAAAAAUAACGUUUGGUAAUCAUGAACAUACAUACAUUGACAUAAAUAAACUGCUAUUUGUGAAAUAAAUGUGUUGGUUAUGUUCUAAGGCUGUCUUCUAAGUAUCCAGUAAGUGAUAAGUUAAAUUUAAAUAAUUAUUGAUUAAAAUGGUUUUUAAAAUA